AUGAGCCAAUAUGCUUAUGGUCAUGGGGCUCCCCACACUGGUUAUCAAACUUCACAACCACACCUUUACUCGUCAGAUCAACCAUAUGGUCAACCGCCGUUCCAUCCGAAUGGGGUUGUAGAAAACCAGUCUAUUUACAGCCAGGGAACUACUGAGGCAUAUGGAUACAAUCAGACGACUAUACCUGGCUUAGGCAUGGGCUUUACUCAUAGCGCCGCAACUUGGCAGCACGCAGCCGCCCAGAGCUUGCCUGGAACCCACGCCGAUCCAAGUGCUUCAGUUGUGCAUUGGCAAACCAGUCAAAUCGACGGGAACGCUAGACCGGGGAGUUCUACAUCAGCCAGUCAGCGGCCCAACUCGGCAGGGGACAAUAAGACGAUGGAAGAAGGUGAGCUAAGCGAAGGCGAACUUGAAGACAUAUACGAACCCACCGAAACGGAAGCAAACAGAUCUGACCAGCCUGGUGUUCAACCGCCGGGUUCGAUCGACCAGAGCGACAGGUCACAACUACCUAUGGAGAAUUUGGAAGCUGACCAUGACCGAACAUGGAACUCGAAACAAUCUGGGCGGGAGCGUUCCGGUUCUUACUCGCCUUAUCUUUCACCUCGUGAGAUACAAUCGAGCGGCCUUGAGAAUGGCGCAUCCAAUGCCCAUACCCCACAGAGCGGCUUUUACGAUCACAACAAGAGUAUGGUUAUGAACAGCAACGGCAAUGAAUCCCCAAGCCAGAACGAAACCAAAGAUGGACCCACAAUCAUUUCCGAAUCUAAGAAGCAUGCGCAAGAUGCGAUCCUUUGUCUCUGGCCACUCAACGUCCGUUACCAAAAUUAUAUCGAAGAAGGCGUCGAUCGGGACCUCCUCGAUCAGCUUUUCACGGAACUGGGCCUCGAACUAGACCCUGCUGUUCCACGCGCAGAACAGUCAAGAUUGCCGAUGUUGUCACAAGUAAACACGCCACAGAGUGAUUUAAUCGGCACAGUUCCCUCCUCAGGACAAACAACUCCCCUUGCCGUCACCAUAGCGCCAAAAGUUACUCCUUCGGCGAAAGACAAAGCAGAAGAACGAAAGGAUCGAAUUGCACGUCUGCUGGCUGCGAAAGGCUCCAAAGCGACAGUAGUAGAUGCAGUCUCAAACAAGACUGGCACAUCGACACCAGUUUCUAACAAUGUCAUGAGUACCACAAAAUUCGACAAAGCGAAGGCUCAAUCAGAGAAGUCGAAGCUGAUACAACAAAGGAUGGAAGCAUUGAUCAAAGCGCGGGAAGCAAAUGCAAAGACUCCUCAAUCUUCUACGCCCCCAGUAUCUUCAGUGUCCCAACCUGUGCCUGACACAAGUAGGUCGAACAGCCAGGCGCCUGUUGAUUUGAUGAACGUCAACGAUCACAUCGACGCUGCCGCAGAGACAACGGACCCGUCUUCAGGGCCCCCGAUUCCUGGUUUGUUUUUGUCAUCCAGCGUAACUUCUCCCGUCCCUAAUCAACGCAAACGACCUGUUGCAGCUGAUUUGAACGAAAACUCCAUCCCCAGCAUUCAGAAACGUCCUUUCGGCCAGACUCGAGAGUCUCGCCCAUUCUUGAUUGAUGUCAGUGAUGAUGAAGAUGACGCCGAGAUGGAAAUUGACUCCCCUGAGCUGCGCCCUUUAUCAGUGCAGCGGCCUGUGACACCCGGCUCAAGAGCGUUGUCAUUUCGCGACGGCAUGUCCUUGCCCGACAGUUCAUCCCGCAGUGCUGGUAGCAUGAUCGACUUAGCAAGUAUGAACAGGAAGAUUGAGGAUAUGAAACGAAAAAUUGCCGAGGCCGAGGCUCGUAAGAAGAAGGCAAAGCAAUCAGGUAGCGGCUCGCCUUUGCCUCAAUCUGAAACACAAUCAAAGGAAGGCAGUGCAGAUGUCGCUGCCCCCCCUACGCCUCCAGUGCGUGGUGCGUCAACUAUAGCUGAAGUGGUCCGGAACAGCCCAACAUCUAUCGCACCACAGCCUGGUAUCUCACCUGGUGUCGUUAUCAAACCGCCAAAAGUCAGAGAGCAGCGUCUGCAGGCCAGGCCUUCGCUGCGUGCUCGUGUUGCUAGCGAGCGCCUGCCCAUCGUAACGGCACAAAGAAAGGAGUGCCAGGAACAGCUUGAAUAUUAUCAAUCCGAAGUUGCUAGAGUCAAAAAGGAAAUUGAGAACAAACUGGUUGAAGAGGAGCGACUUCAGAGAGAUGCCAAACAAACCGAGCCAACACUAUCGCCAAUUUCAACGGGGCAGGAUGAGCUUGAACCCGGGCUUCAUGACGAAAGAUCUUCAGCUGAUCCGUCACCGCAAGUACCAGUCACGCAUGAUGCGCCGCUCCUUACAGAACCCGACGAAAGGAAUGAACCCGGGGACGAGGUUGAACGAGAUGUGCCGAUGGAUGAAUCUCCCUACAUUGAAUCAGCUGUCAGUCAUGGAUCGAGUACGCCUCAACAAGACGAAUCGCAAAUGCACGAGGAACCCCUCAUCGAUCAUGAAAUAGUUGAAGGACACUCGCCACUACCAACACGAUCACCAUUGAUAGAUGAUAUGGUUGGCGCACAUGUCGAAACCCCAACUGAUACCGAGGAACUGGAAGAAGACGUAGCUAUGGACGAGGCUGAUACUUCUAGCGAAGAAGAGAGUGUGGUUGAAGACGAAUCUGACGACUAUGAGCCGACUAAUGCUGGCGUCAGUCUGCCAGACUCUCACUCACCUUUUCAGCGUCAACCAUCACCUCAGCGAAUCUCGGAUGACAGUACAGUAUUAGAGACGAGUGAUACUGAUUUACAGGGCUUGGCAACAGUCACACCGAUCACUAAGCCCAUAUCAACGGGUGCUGGUGACACAGAAUCAGAAUCUAAUCGAGAAGCGGAAACCCAAAAGUCUUCGGAAGUUAGUAAUACUGCUAGAACGACAUUGGUACCAUACGAAACGCCCCUCCAAUACUUCAAAGCAUAUCGCUUUCAUCCUCAGUAUAGCGAUUCUGUUGCAGGGGGUCUACGCUCCCUCACCUACAGCAAUAACAUCGACGUAACAAGGGAAGUAUGCCCUGACCAGCUUGCCCACGGAGUUUGUCCUAGGGGUAGCGAAUGCCAAUUCCAGCAUUUCGAGGACAUGCAACUUCCGGAUGACCAAAUUCUUGUUCAACUUGGGGCCUCCGGCAAUCCUGAGACCGAGCAUCAGGACCAGUAUGUUGCUGGACUUCGCGAAUUACUUAAAGAUUUUCGCAACCGCAAGGUGAAAGACUUUCAGGAGAUCAGCCAAGGUCUCAUCGAGUAUCGCGCCAGAUUCCUCCGCGAUAAGACGAAAAUCCUUCCCCUGAGCGGCGUCACCCUAUAA